AACAUCCCUAGCACCUCUCAACCAGUCCCCUUCAUCCUCUCUUCUCUCAAAAAUGUUCGCUCGCCUCUUCGCUGUUGCCUCCCUCGUUGCCCUCGCUGUUGCCGAUGGCCAGUGCAACACCGGCAGCAUCUCGUGCUGUGAGAGUACUACCUCCACCAGCAACUAUAACAGUGCCGCCAAGUUACUGGGUCUUGUACCCGUUGUUGCUGAUGUUGCUGCGGUCGUUGGGCUCAGCUGCAGCGGCGUCACCGUUGUCGGCACCAGCUCUGGCUGUGAAGCUAACCAGGAGCCUCUGUGCUGUACCGACAACAAAUAUAACGGUUUGGUUAACCUUGGCUGCACACCUAUCAACGUCGGCGCCUAGACCCUCAGCAUGCUCUUGGUGGACAGUUGAUU